GGGGUUAUGCUUGGCCUGCUGCUAUCAUUGGCUGAGAUGGUGUUGGUUUGUUAGGGGAGUAGCUCCACUUUUAUUAGAUGUCCACCUUGGAUAACGGCCGCUCAGUGAUAAAGACCUUCACCUUAAAUCGGGUCCAUAGUCUAUGGUAUGACUUCAUGUUUCGGGGUGCACUUUACCCAAUGGGGCAGUCGUAUCAAUAAUCGCCAACUCGGGAUACCUACCAAUGCCUCAAAGGCAAUAAUAAAAAGCGACAUGGAUCAACAAAGAACACACAGCCUAACCCAGGCAACAACAAACGAUCUAAAGCCAAAAAAAGCAUUCAACCAGAAUAGUCCACCAGCAAAGCAUCAACCGUUUCAAGCCCAUAGCCCGCAGCGCAGCGAUCGGCAUGCAAAUUCUCACGCCACAAGUAGGUAUAUAUGAAACCGCAAACAAGAUUCGUUCAAAACCCAAUAGACCCACAGAGUAACAUUGAAAAUCAUCACCAGGAACCAAACC